CCCUGGCAGCACAGUGCUAUUUUGGGGAUACUUACUUUCACAGUCCGAUGAAGUGAGCUGUAGCUCACGAAAGCUUAUGCUCUAAUAAAUUUCUUAGUCUCUAAGGUGCCACAAGUACUGCUUUUCUUUUUACAGUCACUACUGGUUCUGAUCCACUUUACAACCCAUGUCUGCUCACCUUGGGUGUCAAUCAACUCCCAGUCCAGCCCUACAGCUGAAUAUGGUCUGUGGCGUAAGGGAGAGACAAACCAGGGAGACCCUGCUGAAGGCUUGGUUGGGGUGGAUUAACUGCAAACACCACAGGGACAGUUUUUCGAAAGAGCUUAGCUCCCAUUUAGGCCCCUGAGAGUUGCUGGAUGCUUAAACACUUCUGGGAAUCUGGCCCAUUGGGUCAAAUCCUGACUGGUUACUGCCCUCGCUGGUGCUUACAGGAGCUCAGUACAUGGCCUGUCCAGGCCCAGAGUCAGAGAGAGGGUUUUUAACUUCUGGACUGUGUUGGCAGCAGAGGGAGGAUGCAAAAGCCAAAAUGCUGCUCCCCCUUUGUCCCUCUUUCAGUUUCCCUUUAGAAGCUGCCUCCACAUUAGUGCUUUUAGCAAGGCGCUGUGUUUGCAUUUGAGUUUAAAUUCAGCAGACUUGUAAAAGCCUCUCAAGAAGGUGCGGUUGAAUUGUCAACUGGCCUUCCCUAGGAAUGUGCAGGAAGUGAAAAAUCCUCCCCAAAUAAACAGAUGAAACAGAGCAUGCGGACUACAAAGAGCAGACGCUAGAACCACGCCAGAAUAUGAUGGCCUUGUUAGAGACAGCUCUUUAGAGGGGGGACCCAGCUGCCUAGGGUUAUUGGCAGUGAGAGAUUGAGCCUUUAGGUCACUGGUUGGAAUCUAGCUUAGAUUUGACAGUCACGUUGCUGUUUACAAACUGAAUUCCAGGGGUCUCCAUCCAGCCACUACUGUGCAGGCAUCCCUGACUGUGGCAGCAUGACUUGGCUGGUAAGCUCUUUGGGAUAGGGACCAUCUUUUGGUUCUGAGUUUGUACAGCACCUUGCACAAUGUGUCCUGGGUCAAGACUGGGGCCCCAGCUGCUUCUGCAAUACAAAUGGGGCUAGCAAGAGAAAAUGACGCUCUGGGAUGUGGAAGGCCUGUGUUCCAGCCCCAGCUCCAAUGAAAAAUCUAUCGAUAUAAAGUGGAACAGCUUCAACAGAAGAAAGAGAUUGAAACCUCCACCACAGCAUGCCCUAUACCCAGAUAGUUCAGGCACUCAUGUGGGAGGCUGGGUUUAAAGUCCCUGCUACAGAACGGAUUCAAACGUGUCUUCUAUGUCCCAGGUCGGUGCAUGCUCUAAGCACUGGGGUAAUGGUUCUGGGGCAUUAGCACCAUCAUCUUUCCCUUUGUGAAUUAUUGCCUUUGCUUUGAUUUUAAAAAUGCCUGAAGACUAAGCGUUUUGGGUCAAAUGAAACAUUUCAUUCAAACGCAAGAUGACUUUUUUUUUUACUUUUUCAAUUGCAAAAAAAUGUUUUCGCUUCCACGCAAACUGUUUCUUUUUCACAAUGGCCAAAAGGUUUCACCAAAACCUUGCUUCUGUGCCCAGCUAUUUGCAAUGCCAUGUCACUUUAAAAACACUUACAGAUGAGUAAAUAUUCAGUGUGUUAGGGAAGUGAGUCACUGGCUGGGGAACUACACCCAAUCAGCAAGGAGGCUGGAGAGGAACCAAGCAUUAGAGACUAGAGCCUCCCAAUAUCAGAACUAGAUUCCCAAAGGAGCUGGUGGUGGUGUUCGUCCUUUCAGAGACUGGCCCUAAAUCAGGACUCAAGUGCCUAGUCCCACUGAUGUCAAGGGUGAGGGUGCUCAGCACCUUGCAGGACUGGAGCUUCAGAGAGGCCUGAGUCAGCAACUUUGUAAGUUCUAAAAGAUCACAAUUUAAAUUGGAAGGAUAAACACACCUGCAACUCAGCUAGAUCCAUGGCAGCUACUCCACCACCUCCGCUACCUACAGGAGAGCUGACCACCCCUUUUCUGAAGGGGAUAAAUACGCCAUCUCUCCAAGAGGAAGGCAGUGUGGGUGUCAUCACAGAUGAGGAACUGAGGCAUACAGACCAAGGGAUAGAUUUUUUAAAAGGUGUCAUCACCGUGGUUUUCAUCACACUACUGACAGUCCUGGUAAUCAUCAUCACAUACCUGUACAAGAAUAAAGGUAGCUACCAUACCUAUGAGCAACCAGAAUCAGAUGUGUCUGUACAGAUGGAGAACCUCCCUUUGAAAGGAGAAAAGGAGGAAUAUUUUAUAUAAACCAUUCAGCAUGGCUAACAGCUUCUACACCAUACUCCAGGUUUGAUGCUAAGUUGCCCAUGUUUCCUGGACUCUGGGAUCUAGAGACUUUUUUCCCCUAACUUAUGAAGUUAAUCCAAGAAGGAAAAGUGUACACAGUGCUAACCUCAACCAUCGUUCCACUGCGUAGAAUAAUGGUUAAACUGAAGGCAAGGAUCUCCUGCUUAAUAAAAGUAAUUGGGUUGGAAGCACUACACUGUAGAAGUGUCAGCUGGGGUGAUGGCACACUUCUUUGUCUGGUUUGUAAAACGGAUUAACAAACAUCUAGAGUUUCUCUCUCCUCAAGCAAAGAAUGUUAAGGUUGCCUAAAGGAAGUGAGUGGGAAGACACAGAUUAAGUGCCAAAGUUAAUCAAGUUGUUGUUUGUGUUACAAUAAAGCCUAGAGGCCUUGAUCGUGCUAGGCUCUAAUACAACUGCCUAGUGAGUCCCUGCCCCAAAGAACUUAGUCUAAAGGGCCACCACGCAGCAGGGGAACUGGAAGCAUAGAUGGGGAAGUGACUUGCCUAAGGUCACACAGCAAGUCAGUGGUAGAGCUGGAAGAGAACCCAGGGCUCCUGAUCCCAGCCUAGUGUCUUAACCCUUGGAGCACACUGCCUCUCAAAAUGAGGACAGCUAUUAGCUGACGAAGGCCAAUUAAAGAAAUUUGUCUUAGGAGCCAAUUAUUCAGUGUGGUCCACUACAGGGUUUCUUGCACUUUGAGGUAUUGCAGGUGGCACUGGCCAGUGUCUGAGACCAGACAGAUCCAUGCUCUAAAAAGGAUAAUUCCUAUUACGUCCUUGCAAGCAAUGAGGCUAGCAGCUUAUUUCAUGUAAACAAAAGUCACGCAGCAUAAUAAAGUCAUGCCUCUUUAUGGUGUAGCCUGUUGUAUGACUGUUCUGCACAGUGCCUUAAUCUGGUGUCACUAGUGCCACCACCCCCAUUUAGGGCAAGUUACAUGAUCUUAGGCUGAAUGAAGCACUAAAAUUCAAAGCUCUUUACCUCUAUCAGCAAUAAUUCUUGGUUAGGGAUGAAAAAAAGGUGCCUGAAACUACAUUGCCCUUUAUGUUUGCUUUAGGCCAUCAGCAUUAAAUGACUGAGCCCCUCUAGUCUAGAUGACUCACCAUGCCCUGUAUUGCUUAGCUUCUGAAGCAGUAUGCCAGUGUCCAAGAGACUAAAAAUCCUUCAGUUUGGCAUGACCCUCUAUUGUACCGCACAUCCACUUAUCCAUCAUGCCAUUCUGUGAUAUCCUCACAAAGCAACAGAACAAUCUACUCAAAUUUCACUUCACUCUUUCCUUUCAUCCUUCCCUAUGUUAGGUUAGACUAGUGUGAAAUGCUCUCGGGAGAUCUACAGGGUUCUCCUCACCUCUUAAGAAAAGUUCCCCUUUCACAAAACCUAUUUAAGAUGAAGUUUGCAAGAAGGCAGAAAAGAAGAUGCAAGCCUUUAAAACAACAAAACAAAACAAC